GCCCGCGUUGGUUCCGCGCGCUGUCCCGCACCCGCCAGGUGACCCAAGCCUUCCCCCGGCGCCCGUCGGGGCCACUUCUCCUGUGCACACUCGCGAGGAUCACCGUCUCAAGGUCACCGUCUCCCUCCCGGAAAGGCGGGCGCGAGCUGCAGGUGCCAGCCCGUAGCGCCGGGCCCGCGGGCUCUGCCGAGGCUGCACCCUCCGCCCCGGGGCCCCAUGCUCCCGUCGUGGUUAGCAGGACUAGCGGCUGCCGUCGUCUUCCUGCAUGUGUUGCAGAAACUCGCGUUCCCUUACUUCUGGGCCGAUCUCUGGUACCUGCUGAAAGUGGUACGCUAUGGAAUCCGGUUGAGGAUGUACGAACAGAGAGGGGAGCUGUUCACUGUCCUGGAUAGAUUCCUGAGUCUUGCCAAGAAGCAGCCCCAGAAACCCUUCAUCAUCUAUGAGGGACACGUCCACACCUAUCAGGAUGUGGACAAGAGGACGAACAGAGUGGCCCACGUCUUCCUGAACCAUUCCACACUGGAAAGGGGGGACACCGUGGCUCUGCUGAUGAGCAACGAGCCCGACUUCGUCCACGUGUGGUUCGGCCUGGCCAAGCUGGGCUGUGUGGUGGCCUUCCUCAACUCCAACAUUCGCUCCACCUCCCUUCUGCACUGUAUCCGCAGCUGUGAGCCCAAGGCCGUGGUGGUAGGCGCAGAUCUGCUUGGAACUGUAGAAGAAAUCCUUCCGAGCCUCCCAGAAGGUAUCACUGUCUGGGGAAUGAACGAUUCUGUUCCACAAGGUGUAACUUCACUCACAGAAAAACUGAGCAUGGCAUCUGACAAGCCUGUGCCACGCAGCCACCAUGUUGCUUCAAGUCUCAAGUCUCCUCAUCUUUAUAUUUUUACCUCUGGAACAACAGGUCUACCAAAAGCAGCUGUGAUCAGUCAGCUGCAGGCUUUAAAGGGCUCCGCUGGCUUGUGGGCUUUCGGCUGUACUGCUAAUGACAUCAUUUAUAUAACUCUUCCUCUGUAUCAUAGUUCAGGAGCUCUUCUGGGAAUCGGUGGAUGUGUUGAGUUGGGAGCUACUUGUGUGUUAAAAAAGAAAUUCUCAGCAAGUCAAUUUUGGAAUGACUGCAGAAAGUAUAAUGUGACUGUGUUUCAGUAUAUUGGAGAACUUUGUCGCUAUCUUUGCAAACAACCUAAGAGAGAAGGAGAAAAGGAUCAUCAAGUGCGUUUGGCAGUUGGAAAUGGUGUACGGAGUGAUGUAUGGAGGGAAUUUUUGGACAGAUUUGGAAAUAUUAAGAUGUGUGAGCUUUAUGGAGCUACUGAAGGAAACAUUUGUUUUAUGAAUCACACUGGGAAAAUAGGAUCCAUUGGGAGAACAAAUUUCUUUUACAAACUUCUUUUCACUUUUGACUUGAUAAAGUAUGAUUUUCAAAAAGAUGAACCCAUCAGAAAUGAACAGGGCUGGUGUAUUCAUGUGAGAAAAGGAGAACCUGGGCUUCUCAUUUCUCGAGUGAAUGAGAAAAAUCCCUUCUUUGGUUACGCCGGGAGUAAGAAGCACACAGAAAAGAAACUACUUUGUGAUGUUUUUAAGAAGGGAGAUGUUUACUUUAACACAGGAGACUUAAUGGUACAAGAUGAGGAGAAUUUCCUUUAUUUUUGGGACCGUAUUGGAGACACUUUCAGGUGGAAAGGAGAAAAUGUUGCCACCACAGAGGUUGCUGAUGUUAUUGGGAUGUUGGAUUUCAUACAAGAAACAAACGUCUACGGGGUGGCAGUGUCAGAUUAUGAAGGAAAAGCAGGAAUGGCUUCUAUUAUUUUAAAACAAAAUAAGUCUUUAGACUUGGAGAAGGUUUACGAACAAGUUGUAACAUUUCUACCAGCUUAUGCCUGCCCACGAUUUUUAAGAAUUCAGGAGAAGAUGGAAACAACAGGGACAUUCAAACUACAGAAGUUUCAAUUGGUGGAAGAAGGAUUUAGUCCACUGAAAAUUUCUGACCCACUUUAUUUCAUGGAUAACUUGAAAAAAUCUUAUGUUCCAUUGACCAAAGAACUUUAUAAUCAAAUAAUGUUAGGGGAGAUCAAACUUUAAGAUUUUUUUUUUUACACAUGGGAUUUUCAUAUGUUUUCUUAUGAGAAGUGAGGAAAGUGUAUGAUUCUUUAACUUGAUUUUGGGGGAAGGAAUAGACAUUAACAUAUGCUGUGUUUUCUUGGUAUACAACAACUUUUAAGUAGGAACAUUCAUUUGUUUCAGUUCAUAACAAACUUUAGUUGAUUUUUUGUUUUACCUAUUUAGGAGUUCAGUGCAUAACUAAAUAUUUGCUUUAAUCGUAAGGAUUCCAAAUAAUCCAUAAGUGGUUGACAAUUUAGAAACUCACUAAAAAUGUACUUUUUGCUAUUUAAAGUUUCUAGUUUUGAAUAAAUGGCUAAAUUUUGUUCAAAUGUUUUAUUUUUAUGUGCCCCAUUCUAUGACUCAAUAAAAUCAUCUUCAUUAAUA